GAACAGGAACGUAGUAUCGUAGCAGGUAACUAUGAUCGUAUUGCUGCAUUUACAGAGUUCUACCGUACCGUAACAGAACAAGACCACGAUAGAUAUCUCUGGAUCAAGCUUGUUUUUUGAUAGUCUCAAUCAAACCAAACGGACAAGAAAGCAAGCAUGAACGACCUGUUAUCAAAAGAAAGAUCUUUGCAGAGUGGUGGCAACGCAACCGAAACCUCCACCGCGGAGGGAAAUGCGACUGCUCCCACGGAACCGAUCUCGUCGGAACCGAUCCCGUCGCCCACGGCUCCCAAGGCACCGACCGCGGUCUCUUCCCCUGCUGGAUCGUCGGUACCGGCUCCGUCCUCCGUGACACCCGUGUCACCGACCGGCUUCUCCUCCCCCACGAGCGCCGAGGCUCCCUCUGCCUCUGGCGGAGGAGUCUUUCCGGCCAACGGACCGGGAUCGGGCGCAUUGGCACCCACCUAUAGCUACAACGACAAGACGUCGCCGGCUUGGUCGUCGGGCGCGAACACUKCUUCUUCGAGCUCGCCGUCGGUGGGCAGYGGUGGCUUUUUCACUCCGCUGAAYAUCUUGCUGGUGGCGGUUGCCGUGGGGGCCGUGGCGCUUCUCGUCUUUUGGAAGUUUUGCAAGGCAUGGAAGUUGCGGAGGGAAAAGCAACGGCUUCGUCUGCAGAGCACACGGGUGGACAUGGUCCUCGGGGAUAUGCAAAUGGUUGGGAUGGACGACUACGACGGCGACGACCCGGAACUCAUAUAAAACCAACAAAAAGGCAACUCGUUU